GCACUCCCAGAUACAGAUAUUAGAGUUCGCGGCAGUAAGGCAGUAUCGAGAGAAGCUCGAACGAGAAACGUAAGCGAUUGAAGUGUUCUGUGAAAUUCCGUGCGCUCGAAAACCGUAAAACAUGCCACGACGACGUGCAGCCGCUCCUCCACCAAGGACGGUCAGAACUGCUGUUCCAGCCCGAGCUGCUCCAGCUCCACUCCGAACUGCUCCGCCUCCAGCUCCAGCCCAUGUUCCGGCACAUGCCCCAGCAUCGACACCGAUGAUGGCUCAAUCUCAACAACCGUCCCUCAUGGGACAAAUGGCUGCCACCGCCGGUGGUGUAGCUAUCGGUUCAGCCGUCGGCCACACUCUCGGACAUGCCAUGACUGGACUCUUCUCUGGAAGUCCCAGUGAGACUGCUGUUGCGCCGGCGGCAGCUGCUGCUGAAAUUGCACCUGCUGGCGGAGCUUGUGCCUGGGAGGUGAAACAGUUCAUAGAGUGUGCUCAAAAUCAAUCAGACCUCACAUUGUGCGAAGGAUUCAACGAGGCUCUUCGCCAAUGCAAAACAUCUAACAAUUUACAUUAGACAAGUAUUCUUUCAAAGGCAAAAUAGCAUUUGGACAAUAGGAGAAAUUUAGAAAGUCGACACUCUGUAAAUUAAUUUGAUAAGUCCUUGAAAUUUUGAUUUCAUUUUUAGUUUAUGUUAAACUAAUGUUAUACCGAUUAUAUCUAUACAUUAUAUGCUGAUAUCUGUAGAAGCAAUCAAUUGGCAUGAAAUAAAUUAAUUUCCGUGUA